AUGUCUUCGCUGUUUCCUGCCCGGGACACCAUCCAAAAGAGCUUCGGCUCUCCCUACACCCCACAAUCUAAACCCUCCCCAUACCAGGCACGCCCAGAGCUCUAUGGAGCUUGGUCGGUUGUCGACGAUGCAAAGAGCAAAGCUCAGCAGUUGAGCAAAGAAGCUCAAGCUGAGCUCGACAAGGCGAGCUCAAAGGUCAAGGCCAAGGCUGGAAACAUUGAGCUAUACUCUGGGAGAUAUUAUGCUGCGUGCACCAUUGGUGGUCUCAUGGCGUGUGGCCUUACCCACACAGCCGUCACUCCCCUGGAUUUGGUCAAGUGUCGUCGUCAAGUUGACUCCAAGUUGUACAAGAGCAACUUCCAGGCAUGGGGAUUGAUUUCGCGUGCCGAGGGUCUUCGAGGCAUCUUCACCGGUUGGAGUCCAACUUUCUUCGGCUACUCAGCUCAGGGUGCCUUCAAGUACGGGUGGUACGAGUACUUCAAGAAGACCUACGCCGAUCUGGCUGGUCCAGAGGCUGCCUACAAGUACAAGACCGGUCUCUACCUUGCCGCAUCUGCCUCUGCCGAGUUCCUCGCCGAUAUCGCGCUUUGUCCCUUUGAAGCUGUCAAGGUCCGCAUGCAGACGACCAUUCCCGCGGCUUACACUGGCACUCUCGACGGUAUCCGCAAAAUCACGGCAGCUGAGGGCUACGGCGGUCUAUACAAGGGCCUAUAUCCUCUCUGGGGCCGUCAGAUUCCUUACACCAUGAUGAAGUUUGCUUCCUUUGAAACCAUCGUUGAAAACAUCUACGCCCGCAUGCCCGGAAAGAAGAGCGACUACGGCAAGGCUACUCAGACUGGUGUUUCUUUUGCUGGUGGUUAUGCUGCCGGUAUCCUCUGCGCCAUUGUUUCACACCCCGCUGAUGUCCUGGUAUCCAAGCUCAACGCAAACCGUGGGAAGGGUGAGGGCUUUGGUGCAGCCGUCGCCCGUAACUAUCGCGAGAUCGGCUUUGGUGGCCUUUGGAAUGGUCUCCCGGUCCGAAUUGUCAUGAUUGGAACUCUUACCGGCCUGCAGUGGAUGAUAUAUGACUCCUUCAAGAUCUCCAUUGGCCUUCCUACCACUGGUGGAGCUCCGCCCCCAGACAACUUAAAAUAG